ACACACACACACACACACACUCCUUCUCUCACACAGGCGUGCACACUCUCUAUCGCACACAUGCCAGGACCCUGUGCGUGUACCUGACCACCUCACUCUGCUGCGCGACCACCCGCGUCAGACGCCCGUCUAGAGACAGAGAGAGAGAGAGAGAGGGAAACAGAGAGAAAGGAGAGGAAACAGAGAAAUAAAGAAGGGACAGAACGAGAAGAAGCGAAAGAAGAGCAGCGGCACCAGCAGCUCGCUCUCUCCUCCUCUCCUCACCUCCAAACAGCUGCACCGAUUCUCUCUCUCCAUCUCUUCUUCUCUCCUCUCCUCCCCUCUCUUCUCCUCUCUUCUCCUCUCUUCUCCUCUCUUCUUUGCCUAUGCUCAGACCAAUUAGAUCAUGAACCUGGCGGCUGACAGUUGCUAAGAGGGGGAAGUGCGGCAGGAGGAGCGGACCGGGCUUUACUUUGUUGCCAAGUGAAGGAGCGAGUGAGAGCCAGAGAGACCCAGAGACUCGGGCAGAGCCAGGGGCAGCCAUGGCAGAGGCCAACCCAGAACAGCAGCCCUCCGCUGGGGUCAGCGACCCAGAUGAAGACUCCCCCAACAUGAUUGUCUACAGGAAGAUUGAGGACAUUGUCACCAGAAUACAGCAUGAGACAGAGGGGGUGCCAAUCAGAACAGUCAAGAGCUUCCUGUCCAAGAUCCCCAGUGUGGUCACAGGUGUAGACAUUGUGCAGUGGCUGAUGAAGAACCUCACCAUUGAUGAUCCAGCCGAAGCAAUUCACAUCGGAAGCCUCAUCGCCGCCCAGGGCUACACCUUCCCUAUCUCCGACCACGUCCUCACACUAAAGGAUGAUGGGACGUUCUACCGCUUCCAGGCUCCAUACUUCUGGCCUUCUAACUGCUGGGAGCCUGAAAACACAGACUACGCCAUUUAUCUGUGCAAGCGGACCAUGCAGAACAAGACCAGGCUGGAGCUGGCUGACUACGAGGCGGAGAACUUAGCGAGACUUCAGCGGGCCUUUGCCAGGAAAUGGGAGUUCAUCUUCAUGCAGGCCGAGGCACAGCUGAAGAUCGACAGGAAGAAAGACAAGAACGAGAGGAAGAUCCUGGACAGCCAGGAGAGGGCCUUCUGGGACGUCCACAGGCCGGUGCCAGGGUGCGUGAACACCACUGAAAUGGACAUCAGGAAGUGCCGGCGCAUGAAGAACCCCCAGAAGGUUAAGAAGUCGGUAUAUGGUCUCACAGAAGACUCCCAGUCACAGAGUCCCGUCCACACGCCCUCACAGCAGGGCAGGAAGGACACAAAGGAGGACGUGAAGAAGGAAAUCAUGUUUUUGAACGCCCAGCUGGACAGACACUGCAUGAAAAUGUCAAAAGUGGCUGAGACGUUAAUGGGCUACACAGAGCAGUAUCUGGACUAUGACCCCUUCCUGACCACGCUGGAGCCCUCCAAUCCAUGGACCAGUGACGACCCCUCCUUCUGGGACGUAGAGGCAAGUAAGGACCCCAGUCAGCAGCGGGUGAGGAAGUGGGGUUUCUCUCUGGACGAGGCCCUGAAGGACCCGGCAGGCCGUGACCAGUUUCUCCGAUUCCUCGAGUCAGAGUUUAGCUCGGAAAAUCUGCUCUUCUGGCUGGCGGUUCAGGAUCUGAAGCGGCGCCCCCUACAGGAAGUGUCUGGCCGUGCUCAGGAAAUCUGGCAGGAGUUUCUUGCCGAGGGCGCCCCGCGCUCCAUCAACCUGGACUCCCACAGCUACGAGCGCACCAGCCACAACCUCAAGGACCCGGGUCGCUACAGUUUCGAGGACGCCCAGGCCCACAUCUAUAAGCUGAUGAAGAGUGACAGCUACGCACGCUUCAUGCGUUCCAACGCCUACCAGGACCUCCUGCUGGCCAGAAAGAAGCUGGAGACUGAACAGGGUCGACGCACAUCACUGGAGAAGUUCACUCGUAGUGUGGGCAAGUCUCUGACAGGGAAGCGGCUCACAGGCCUCAUGCAGUCCUCUUGACCGGGGGCUGCCGUGGAGUCGCCGUGCCGAGAGACGUCACACACGCUACUGCCUGACAGAGAUGCCAAAGCCCCUCUGCCCCAGGAGGGAUGAGCUGCCGGUGGCGGGCGAGAAGGUGACCACUGCCACAAUCAACCAGUCUCCUUUUUACCCCCCAUUAACUGCCCACCCCAUCCGCCUCACGUCUACGGUGCAGCUACAGUGUCCAAUCAGCAGCACGCAAUAACUCAAAUGACUGUCAGACCUCUGGGCUCUGGGUUCUCAAGCAGAAUCUUUAAUCCGGAAAUUGCAACAUCAUACACAUCCAUUCUACCUGAAGUUCAUAGCCAAAAAAAAACAUAUUUUUCAUUCUUCAACAGUAGCCUAACGGUCAGAUUAUGGACAGGCCUGUUAUUAUAUAACUGUUAUUAUUUAAACUUUUUUGGGGGGAGGGUUACAUUAAGCAUGACGCUCUCGUUUAGGAGAAGGAACAUGUGCCUCUCGGCUUCAGACCAUUCCAAAUGAGUGUUGUAAGGGCUGUGAGUGGUGCCCUGAGGGACCACUGCACUGCACCAAGACUGAGGGAAGGUAGUGCUUGUUGGGACUAAACUAAAUGAAGAAAUUGCAUUCAGAUUAAUCUCUUUCUCAACCAUGACUGUCCAGACAACUAAUACAUGGCCAAUGUGGCCCCUUCGGGAAAAGUGUUAAGCAUAGACGUUUCUAUUUCUAGGUACCAGGAAACAACUUUAGAAGUCACUUAUGAUGCAUGUGUUCUUCCUGGGUCAGACGUCACUUAUGAUGCAUGUGUUCUUCCUGGGUCAAAAGUGUUACAAAUAAUUUGGACAGAUCAAGGUUAGAACUCUUUUCACGUGUGGUUUUAAAGCCAUCAAAGCCCAAAGCCCUACCCCUGGAAGGGGAAUCUAUUUAAAAAAUAUAUUUUCCUGAUGAUCUCAAUUAUACUACCUGAUUCAAAGCACAACGUCCCAAACAGGCUGUCACAUAGAGAAAGGUGAGGUUUACUGGAGCAACAUAAAUGAGUAGCCUAUUUUACCCAAAGUCUGCCAAACCAUCUCAUUGUAUGGAGACCAUGGAUUAAUGGUUUCAUCAAACUAUAUCAGGCUGGUGCCUUGGUAGCUUGUCCACUUCGUCUUGCCUGCUCUUUUUUUUUUUUGUAAAUUGAUUCUGAGUGUAAAAUAAAGCAUAACUCUGAUAACAAUGUUUAGAUUUUAUAUUUAAAAAAAUAAGGCCUAGCCUAAAUGCUAGCCUGUGGAGACCAUGAUCAGGGUGAGGGGUUAUGGAUUGGGGGAAGGGAGGGUUCUGAGCACACUUGUUAUCAUGUCUCUGUACACUGGUGUGGAGAAACUCAAUAGUGUGAACCGCACCCUAUCGAUGAAACGGACACACUGACAGACACAACACGGAGGCCUCUGCGCCAAAUCUCGCCUAAAACAGUCAAAAGAAUUUAAGGGCGCGGUGACGCUCUAUGCCUGUUCCGUUACAGUCAAGAGGCCCGAGGACCUACCGUUGCCAGGGCACCAAAUGGAAAGAGCCCGGAGGCUAAAUGUAACUCACCAGACAGUGUCCUUGAGUUUGUGGUUCGACGAAUGACCACGACGGCCACAUGUACACACGAGCGACUAAUGUUCACCUGCUGACAUGUCAUCUGCCUAUUCGUGCAGGGAGAAUUGCUUCUAAACCAAGUGUUCGUGUUUGACUGCUGCCCUCAGGCGGUGAAGAGCUGUUACUGCCAUUGACACCUCUGGAAUUGCUGGGUGUCACAACACUGAAUGAAGAGACUGUCCCAAAGCCUUUUGAUUUUAAAUCUUUCUCUAGAAAUGUAUGUAAAGGCUCUGUGCUAAACUGCAUUGUAUAUCAUUGUAACACUUAUUGGGGGGAAAAAAAUCACAGGUUGUUUUGCAGAACGACUUGCUAUGGUGACUGAUUGUUGAAAAACAGGUACUGAACACAAUAGCCUACAGCAUUGUGUGCUGUAUAAAGUAAUGAAAGUAGGCUAGAUUAUAAUGUAGAGGUACAAGUGCUAUGAAGGGCACACAACUAUGCAUGGAAUUAUAUCUGAAGAAUUUUAAUGCUUCUAGUUUUUCAGUCUUGAAAAAAGUGACGAGUAAAUGAAAAGACUACAUCACCAAAUAAACACACAGACUGCUGUGAAAUGA